ACAAGAUGGAACUUCAGGAAACUCUGGAGCCCUUAAAGGAGAAGUUAAAGGGUUUUGAACAAGUUAAAGUGAAGUGUGAUCAGGCAGCAGGACACACAAAGGUCCAGGCCCGACGCACAGAGACGCAGAUUAAGGAUCAGUUUAGGAAGCUUCACCAGUUUCUGGAAGAGGAAGAGGAGGCCAGGUUGGCUGCACUGAGGGAGGAAGAGGAGCAGAAGAGUCAGAGGAUGAAGGAGAAGAUGGAGGCUCUGAGCAGAGAGAUAGCAGCUCUUUCAGACUCAGUCAGAGCCACAGAGGAGCAGCUGAGAGCUGAAGACGUCUCAUUCCUGAUCAACUACAAGGCUGCAGUGGGAAGAGUCCAGCAGCGCCCCCUGCUGGAGGAUCCACAGCUGCUCUCAGGAGCUCUGAUAGACGAGGCCCAACACCUGGGCAACCUGGGCUUCAACAUCUGGACCAAGAUGAAAGUCUCCUACACUCCUGUGAUUCUGGACCCAAACACUGCUCAUCCAUGUCUCAUCCUGUCUGGAGAUCUGACCAGUGUGAGACUACGAGGGAGACAGCAGCUUCCUGAUAACGCAGAAAGGUUUGGUAAACUCUGCUAUGUCCUGGGUUCUGAAGGCUUUAACUCAGGGACUCACAGCUGGGAUGUCGAGGUUGGAGACAGUACAGGCUGGUCACUGGGUGUGGUAGCAGAGUCUGUCCAGAAGAAUGGAGACAUACGGUCUGGGUUAUGGAAAAUAAUGUUCCAUAAAGGUAAAUACUCAGCACGGUCAGCACCAGAUCGAUCCACUCGUCUCAUAGUGCAGAAGAAGGUCCAGAGGAUCAGAGUGACUCUGGACUGGAACAGAGGAGAGCUGUCGUUCUCUGAUGCUGAGACUAACACACACAUACACACCUUCACGCACACUUUCACUGAGAAGAUGUUUCCAUUCCUUUACACUGGGGAUGAAGUCCCACUGAAGAUAGCACCAGUGAAGUUGUGUGUGACAGUGAAACAGAACAGCUAG